AUGGAAUAUUCCGCACUCCUGUUGAUCCUAGUGCUGGUAUCGUUAGUAGUAGAAGCACAGAUCCCCCUACAGUGUGCUAAUAUAGAGACUCUUACAUCUAGAACUUGUUGCCCGGUUCCCGACCUCCCGGAUGCCGGUCCGUGCGGCGCCAAUCUCGGCAGAGGCUCGUGUCGACCAGUCGCCGUCCCUGACUCAAAGUUCGACGCGGAGCAGAAGGACGUCCGCGUCAAUUGGCCGAUCCAGUAUUUCAACAGUACGUGCGUCUGCGGCGAGAGAUUCGGCGGCGUGGACUGCGGGGAGUGCAGCUACGCCUACAACGACGGAGGAAACUGCGAGCGUAAGACGGUUCUUCCGAGAAAAUCUGUAGCGGAGCUUACGGACGAGGACUGGAGAGAAUACGUGGCCGUCCUAUUGCGAGCGCAGGCCUUCCCUUCCCGCUACAUGGUCGUCACGGUAAACUUUACAACGGACUACCAGACGCUGGUGGAUUCCAUGACCCGACCGUCCGUCUACCACAUGUUUGUGUGGGUCCAUUAUACUGCUUCAAAUACUCCAGGUAUCAAUAGCAUGCACGAUAUGGCACACCAGGGACCUGGGUUUCCCACAUGGCAUCGUCUCCUAAUACUCUGGUUCGAGAGAGAGCUCCAAGUCAUGCUGGGAGACCACCUCUUCCGUUUCCACUACUGGAACUGGCUGGAUCCCACACAGAGAGACGUUCCCUUUACUCCCCAUAGACUAGGAGCCACAGUUGAUACCAUAGUCACUGGAGAUCUUGUUGACGGCAACUGGUCCCUCAUAUGCUGGUUCGAUAAGAGAAACUUUACUCGCCCCGACAACCCGGUGUGGCCGAGCUACGCGGACUAUCAGUUUGCUCUCUCCAUCAAGAACUACGACGUGUCCCCGUACAAUGCCUUGGUAAAGUGUACCGAGGAGAGCUAUCGCAGCUAUAUGGAGGGGUUUCUCAAUGAACGAGGUGCGGACUGUGGCGAUGAUCCCAUGUGCAGCCCGAUCCACAAUAUCCUAGGACUAGGAAACCUCACUGCUAGGCCCACCUUCCUCCAGACGGGAGUGAUGGGUGACGGCUCUGCCUCCCCCAAUGACCCUAUAUUCAUCAACCACCAUACAAUGGUGGACUGUAUGCUGGAGGAAUGGAUUCAGAAGUAUCAAGUGGGGGAAGAGGCAUACCCCACGUCGCGCAGAAUCAAAUACGGCCACAGAGCAACAGACUACAUUGUACCGUUCAUUCCAGUGUACCAGCAGAAAGAGAUGCUCGUCUCUGCAGACAAUUUCGGAGCAUUUGGUACGGACUGCUCCGUUUCGGCAACGGCAUAA